AGUCAGCUUAGCACCACAAGCUAGAUAGCUGGCUAACCAACUGUUUUAUUUUACCGCGUUUCCGCUGCAGGUACGCCACCCUGUAGACAUUUCUAUCGGGUAUCAACCUCAGUUGUCGAUAUUCGUUGGGUCUCCGCGGUUUCAGUCUCAAUCUCAGCAGUGCCAGCAGUUGGCCGUUUUAAAGUGCGCGAUACCAUUUUCCCCGAGAAAUUUCCACGCGUGUAACGAGUAACGAGUCGACGACUAGGUGUUCAAGAUAAUAUUAAAAAUAACCCGCUCUGCCUACGCCGUCAUCUCGGAGGAGUCAAGUGUCUGCCACUGCCAAGUUGGAAUAGGAACGUUGCAUGCACACAUAUGAGUUUUGGCGAAAAAAUCGUUCCGAGUAUGCGAUAUGCAUAUGAAGUGAUCGAACAGAGAGUCGGGUGAGAUGAGAAUCAAUUAUGGAUCGCAGCUAUCGCGGUCUUGAGGAGGGGUGUGCAACUGGUGCAAGGGUACAUCCAAGUGUCGAAAUGAUUAACCAGCGGAACUUUAAACUUGCAGUCAGUGAUUUCCAUAACCCUGGAGAUGACGAGGGUAAACUUACCCGUGAUUUUUGCCAAUUUCAUGUCAACAAUGGAGAUAACGAUGUUCCGACGACUGUCCGCAUGGAUCGAACUGCCGCUUCGCGCUGCGAGAACAAAAUACAUUACCAAAGUAUCAAGAAUCAUAAUCAUCGAAAUUCUGCAGCGAACGUCCCUUACAGUAACUGCAACGAUCACGCGACCCUCGUACGUCGAACGAAUCACGACGGUGUCGUCGUCACGUCUCCGAUGACCCAACUGUGCAAUUCGGUAUCGCCAAUCAUCAACGGCGGUGCAGGUUGCAGUGUAUCGACUAACUCGUCGGCGAAUUAUUGGAAACAGUACUGCUGCACUGGACAGGAAAGUGGGUAUGGCUCCGACGAAUUUGGUCAGGACUCACCAAGGUACACCUCCCCAAAAGCUGCGGCACUCUACGCCGACCACUAUUAUAUUGAUGGCAACGGAGCAGGAGCGGGUCCUGGCGAUCCGUGGACAGGAAGCACAGGCGGAGUGCAACCGCCGUACAGUGGCUACGCACCAUCCCAUUUGGCACAGCCAGCUUAUCCCAUGCACAUACCCCAUGACCCUAUGGCAUAUCCUGUGAUGUCGCCAAACGGUGAUACGGCAGCCCCGAUACUUGGUUCGGCUGUUACAAGUGCUGCGUCGUUACCACCAAUGUCGACGUUUCGAGGUAGCGCGGCUGCAGCAGCUGGAAGUGGCACGGGAGCUCCGUCUCCCGCUUCCUUGCAGUACAGUCACAGCCCUGGAGCUCCGCCACCAGCCCCGAGCGCACCAAGUGUGACAACCAACAACCAGCCAACGCCAGGAGAUACCCUUGGCAAGGCACUUGCCUCUGUUGUGAGUGCAAGAAUUUACCCCACGGACCAAUCGGUAUCUAGCUAUAGCAGUAACCCUUCGACGCCAGUUAGUUCACCCCCACCGUUAACAGGCUCCGCACCAGGCUGGGCCUCAGGAGCAGCCCCUGUCUCCCCACAUUUUGCGGCAGACCCAAAUCGUGGCGGAACUAUUCACAUGCCGGCACCAGAGCAGCAGAGGCUAGAUGAUGCCAUCGGCUUCCUGCGCGACCACGCCGAGUUGGUACAGGGGACACGGAUGGAGGAGAGACUGGACGAUGCAAUCAAUGUACUAAGGAAUCACGCAGAAAGUCAACUCGGCUUACACCUCGCACCUGUAGGACCUCACGCCUCGUUAUACUCCCAUACCUCACCCCCACAGUUGGACCAUUUGACGAGUCCUCACCCUGCGGUAACAGUGGCACAACCCCAGGGUUCGUAUCCUGGUCUGACGCCAACACCCGACACAGAUGGUUCUAUAAAAAUCGAGAGGUUACCUGUUUCAAAUGCCAAAUAUAUAUCUUUAGAAAAGAGGAAAGAUCCGCCAGACAGUAGUGGUGGCGAAACGAAACCUUCGAGCAGCGACUUGGUCACUGGAGCUGGAGUCAUAGGAGCGUCUACCGUCAAUUCGACGUCACAAGGGAAAGGCACCAAGAGAUCGCGCAGAUAUUGUUCGAGCGCUGAGGAAGACUGCGACGACCCGGGCACUAAAGCGGUGCGUGAAAAAGAAAGACGACAGGCUAACAACGUUCGUGAAAGUUGUUCGAGCGCCGAAGACGAGGAUGAUGAUCCUGACAUGAAGGCUCAGAGGGAAAAGGAGCGGAGGCAGGCCAAUAAUGCUAGGGAAAGGAUACGUAUUAGGGAUAUUAAUGAAGCUUUGAAGGAGCUCGGCAGAAUGUGUAUGACGCACCUGAAGACCGACAAACCACAAACUAAACUUGGCAUUCUUAAUAUGGCUGUCGAAGUUAUUAUGACCUUGGAACAACAAGUCAGAGAACGAAAUCUAAAUCCAAAAGCAGCGUGUUUGAAAAGAAGAGAAGAAGAAAAAGCUGAAGACGGUUCUAAAUUACCUGGACAUUUAGCUACCCACAUAGCACAUCCUCAUCCCCAUCCGCACUCGCACUCGCAGCCGCCGUUCCCCGCGAUGCCUGGGCCACCACCUUCCCUUCAACACAACCAGUCUCAACCGCAGUAGCAGCGGCUGGACCAUGGCGUCGCCCUGUGUUAAGGCGAUGCGUUUGCUAUAAGUUUUUCCAUCACUGGGCCGUCUUGUUGCAGUCUCGUGAAUGGAUUCUAAUUAUCCUACCGUAUAGCCGUAAUUAUUUUACUUCUCAGCUAUCCCGUACACCGAUCAAUUACAUGUAUAUAAAAGUUACACACACUGGUAUACACGAAUUUACGAUCACACGAACACAACUUACAUUUUUAUUUACUAAAAUUCAUGGCCGGGCUGUCACGCAUACUCGUAAUUUAUCGAGUGCCGUCGCUUUCAGGUACUUACUUUGGCAGCAAAAAAAAAUAGCCGCAUGUACGGCAAUGGAGUACGGGAUUACACUUACUUUGCGAAAAAUACAGUGUCCCGAAAAGUAAUUGAGAUCCCUUAGAUGCAUCCUUUGAAAUUUCGCUCACAGGGAGUAAUCCGACAGUUUUCUAUUUUCAAUUUUGUCGCCUAGCAACGAAUCGUCGUGUACCAUAAUAAAAUAUUGCUCGUUACAGUUUUCAUUCUUGAACUAGAUAAUAGGGAAAUUCGAUUGUAUAAAUUUGUACAAUACCCCAGAAUGUUCAACCCUACGAAUACAAAUUACAAAUACUUCUAUUCCUUUUUAUUCUUGCCGUAUCGUAGAGCAAAGAGUGAAUAUCAUUGUGUUGCUUUCAUCUAACCAGGCAUAUUUUGAUAGAUAAGUUUAAGCUUUCUUUGUAUCUGUAACUAUCCAAAUAGUCCUGCAUUUUCUCAAAAAAGUAGUUGGCAAGUUUCUAAUCUGAAUACUAAAUACAUAAUAGCUGACGGUAGAAGUGACAACAGAUUUUUUAUUCGAUAUGACGUUAUUAAAGUUUUGACUUGGAAAGAAAAUCAAGACAUAUUGACUUGGAUGAUAUUUUUAAAAAAUUAUAUUUUUAUUAUAUAAAUAAGUAAUAUUUAUUCAUGAAAACAACAACGAAAAAUCAUUGGAAUUUAAAUUUGAAUGCACUGCCCGAAAUACGGAUUUGAUAUUUCGGUAACUUACAAUGACGCCAUCCUUAUUGUAUGUUAUCAGAUUUUAAGACAGACAGAGAAAACCAUGUUUUUACUAUUCACAUUUAACUUUUUGAAGAAUUAUUAAUAUCAUGCAUAUGUCGUGGAAUCGUAAAGGGAAUUGUCGGUCACUAAACAAACGUCGCGUUGAAUAAAUGAUUAUUGAAUUGCAUCA